AGUCUAUCACUAGUGCUCGAGAUCUUGAACUACAAGAAAUCGUUCAUCAAAAUGGAAUCAUCGAUCACAGUUCUAUCUUCCGGUGACAAUAUUCUACCGCCGCCAUUACAAGCUUCCAUCGACAAAAUCGUAGAAAAAGAAGGAUAUAUAUCUCAUAAAACUACCAAUAGGUCAAUUUCGACUAGCGGUGGUAACUUAUUGGGAAGACUGUACGAAGUUGACAUUAAAGGAACAACUGCAAACGGCGAUGAAGAGAUCAACAUCUUUAUUAAAAAUAAAAUAGAUAACAUGCAAGUGGGUAUUUUUGAUAUUGCAGAAUGUUACAGAUUGGAGACCUUCUUCUACGGAGAUCUCUCAAAGCUUUACGAUGAUUUACAGAAUAAAGCCACUAUUCCAGUUGAAGAAAGAUACAAUAUAGUUAAAAGUUACGAUGCUAUAAAUCCGAACGCUAUAUUUAUGGAAAACCUUGGUAAAAAGGGUUUCACGACAGUUCACCGAACGGAGGUCGUUCCUCUUAAGUUUGCACAAAUUUCUGUCCAGCAGCUGGCGAGGUUCCACGGCUUGUCCUGGGUCUUGGAAAAACUGCAUCCUGAAUACUUUGCAAAGAAAAUUAAGUCUUUGAAACCUACUAUUAUAUUUAAUGACGAUUACCAAAAGUUCAUUGACAAUAUGGACAUUUAUACGGAUAAAUGUUUGGAUUCGGAACAGAAAGUUAUACUGUACAAAUUCAAACCCCACAUUAUGGAUACCUUGAAAAAGAAUGUCAUAGAAAACGCUGGAAGUAGACUCUGCUUAUGCCAUGGAGACUACAGGGCGAAUAAUAUUUUGAUGAAAACAGAUGGCGAUAGCAUAACUGAAGUCAAAGUAGUGGACUAUCAAAUGCUGUACUACGGGUGCCCUGUCAUGGACUUCAUGUAUUUCAUCUUCCCUUGCACUGACCAAGACUUCAGGAGAAAACAUCUUGAUGAUCUGAAAAAUUUGUAUUACAAAAGUUUGGGAAAGUUCCUUAAAUAUUUUAACAUGGACGUUGAGUCAGUGUACCCACGGCGUGAAUUUGAAACAGAGUACAAGAAAAGACUAGAUACUGGUCUAAUAUAUGGUCUUCUGCUAACUCCUAUACUGUUCACGAAAGACGAUGACGUCCCUGACCUUGCCAAAGAUGAUUUUGGAUCAAUUUCUGUAACUCCAGAUCAAAAAAUGGAUGAUAGGAUCAGAGGUCUUGUAGGUGAUUUCCAGAAGUGGGGUAUAUUGUGAGAAAAUACUUUAUACAUAUACUGG